CCUGUAUCUCUGGCCUCCCCGCAGGGCUCCCAGGCUGACCAGGCCCACAGCGCCUCAGGGAACAACCUUCCCCUCCCCCAGGGUGGCAGCAGGAAGAGGGAAGAAAGAGGAUCGUCUCCAGCUGGCCCAGGAGACAGACCUCCUUGUCCCCAUCAGCCCUGCCGCCCUCCCUCCCCACCGAGGGCUGUCCGCAGGGGCUUGGGAUCGGCCAGAAAAGUCAGGCAACUUUUCAGGGACCAGAAGGAGGGGAGGGGAGGGGAGUCUCCCAGCCUGUGAAAAGCAACAGCGCCAAGCCCUACCCCUCGCUGUGUCCUGUCCACAAGUCCAGACUUUGACCCUGAGCUUCAGUCCCCGUUGGCGGGCAGAGGGCUGAGGACAGGACGCCUCAGAAUCAGGAGACUCCUCUCAGGAGGUAAAAUCCUGCGCCCAGCUGUCUCCUUUCUUCAAAAGUCUGGCAAUCCAGGCCGACACGAUGCGCGUGGUAGUGAUCGGAGCGGGUGUCAUCGGGCUGUCCACCGCCCUCUGCAUCCACGAGCGCUACCGAUCAGUCCUGCCAUCCCUGGACAUGAGGGUCUACGCAGAUCGCUUCACCCCGCUCACCAACACCGACGUGGCGGCCGGCCUCUGUCAGCCCUACCUCUCGGACCCCAGAAACCCACAGGAGGCGGAUUGGAACCAGCAGACCUUCGACUAUCUCCUGAGCCGCGUCCAUUCUCCCAACGCCGCAAACGUGGGCCUGGCCCUAGUCUCAGGCUACAACCUCUUCCACGAAGCUAUUCCGGAUCCCUCGUGGAAGAACACAGUUCUGGGAUUUCGGACGCUGACUCCCAGGGACCUGGACAUGUUCCCUGAUUACAGCUACGGCUGGUUCAACACAAGCCUGAUUGUGGAAGGGAGAAGGUAUCUACAGUGGCUGACUGAAAGGUUAACUGAGAGGGGAGUGAAAUUCUUCCAGAAGAAGGUGGAGUCUUUUGAGGAGGUAGCAAGAGGAGGUGCCGAUGUAAUUAUCAACUGCACCGGGGUGUGGGCUGGGUCAUUGCAACCGGACCCCCUGCUGCAGCCAGGCCGGGGACAGAUCAUUAAGGUGGAUGCCCCUUGGAUGAAGCACUUCAUUAUCACCCAUGACCCAGAGAAAGGCAUCUACAAGUCCCCGUACAUCAUCCCAGGGAUCCAGGCAGUGACUCUUGGAGGCAUCUUUCAGCUGGGGAACUGGAGCGAGGUAAACAACAUCCAGGACCACAACACCAUCUGGGAAGGCUGCUGCAGACUGGAGCCCACACUGCAGGAUGCAAAAAUUGUUGCUGAGUUGACUGGCCUCCGGCCAGUGCGCCCCCAGAUUCGGCUAGAAAGAGAACAGCUUCGUUUUGCAUCUUCAAACACAGAGGUCAUCCACAACUAUGGCCAUGGAGGCUACGGGCUCACUAUCCACUGGGGCUGUGCCCUGGAGGCAGCCAAGCUCUUUGGGAAAAUUCUGGAAGAAAGGAAGUUGCUCAAGAUGCCGCCACCUCACCUCUGAAAACACCAGUAACCACCACCUCCCCAAGGACUCCCCGCUCCCCUCGGCCAACCAAUCAGUGUAUCCCCCUCUAAGCUGUGUCUUCUCCACUUCAGCCCUGGCUCCUUUCUGCAAGAAGUACCAGAGGAGAGGAAGAUCCCAAGGCCAUUUCUGGAGGCGAGUCCAUCCCUAUCUGGGGCUCCCUUUGAUCCCUGGGGUCUCUCCACCCACUCUGGGCCUGACAGUCUGAAGAGCAGUUGGGGGCCAUUAUACUGCGAGUCCUUAGAAGAAAGGAAAGCUCAGAAAAUCGAAGGGGCGGAGCGCCUGGGUGGCUCCAACUUCCGCUCAGGUCAUGAUCUCACAGUUCAUGGUUUUGAGCCCCACACCAGGCUACGUGCUGUUAGCACGAAGCCCACUGUUGAGCCUCUGCCCCCCCACCCCGCCCCUCCCCUGCUCUCUUUCUCUGUCUCAAAAAUACACAUUUUUAAAAAAGGGAAAUGAAAGGGGCAAGCAGAAAAUUGAGGACCAUUUAGGUUAGGUCAGGUGACCUGACGACAAAUUACUAACAUAUUAAAGGUUCUGGGAAGUCCUGCAGCAAAGACAUCUAUCUGAUGUUCCUUCACCCAGCCUUCCUAAACGCAUUUGGCUCCGGAAACCUUUUUGCCCAGAGCACCCAUGCCGCGGAGCGCACUUGAGGGAAGGCUGCGAUAGAUCUCCUUGCAGGAAGUCCCACGCAGAGCUGGAGUAUAGGGAGGCAGAAGUGAGGCAUUGAACUAGCCACAUACGAUGCCCGUCCCACAUCCAGGAUUCCCAACAGCAUCAGCAACCUGCUGAACGGCCCCGUGAGCCCCGAGGAGGGGCCACCGGAGGGAACAUCCCACAAGGGACCCCUUCACAGAGAACUGAACUCACCACGCAUAGUCCUUGUUGUGGGGGGGGGGGGAUCCAAGAGCUAAGGUAGAGUUCCUAUCCUAGGAAUAAGAAUAAAUCCUUAUUAUUAUACCUAAAAUUGAUUGCAUUCUAACUGGGCUAACAGUGCUAAAUUCUUGCAUAAGUUAUUCACGUUAUUCCCAGUCAACAGCUGGGAAGGGGUAGAAAGGAGAUUCCGGGCCAGGAAUUGAUGAAUUUAGAGAGUAUUAUCUUUCCUCGUUGAAUUGUCUUGGUACCUUUGUCAAAAAUCAAUUGACCACAGCGGCGCCUG